AUUUUGUAGUUGAUAUAUUAUCGAUGCCUUAAAUAUUAGCUACUAAAAGUGUAUUUAUGUAAUAUAUCUACUAUUAUUAUUAGCAUACAAUCAAUAUUACUAAUAAUAACAGGACUAUCCCCUUUAUCAAUUUUAGAAUGGCGAUAAAAGGCCUAAAUUAUGCAACAAGUCCUAAAUGCAACUAGUACAGUGCGAAAUGGCAAAUUUUUAAAAAUCCUAAACUAGAUACUCAUGAUCUAGCCCUUGAGCGAAAAUAGAGAAAAUAGCUUAAAAAAAAAAUUAAAAGAGGGUCCUGAAUAGGAUAUAUAUGAAAAGAAAACUAAUAAAGUCAAUUGUGCCAAAAGUCAGCUACAAGAAAAGUAUAAGGGAUUAUCGUAUAAACUACUUUAAUCAAUAUCUUUUUGUCUUAACAAAAGAUGCAUUUGAUACUUUAACAAAAGUCUUUGAAGGGUUUAGUUUAGAAUUUAUAUCCAAGGAAUGUAAUAUAUCAAUCAAAUGAGCUACAUUCCAUGCAAGAAAUGAUAAAAGUAGACUUUAAACAAAAAUUUGAAUGGA